AUGCCCAAGCAAUCGUUGUUUGGAGGGCUGGAGACCAAUGUCAGUGAUAAGUAUGUCACCUCAGAGCUUUGGCAUACAACAUUUCUUCCAUUUGGAAAAGUAUACAGCCAGACCACUGAAAGUGACAAACCUUUGCCACCAGUAUACAGCCAGACCACUGAAAGUGACAAACCUUUGCCACCACUAUACAGCCAGACAACUGAAAGUGACAAACCUUUGCCACCAGUAUACAGCCAGACCACUGAAAGUGACAAACCUUUGAGCCAGACCACUGAAAGUGACAAACCUUUGCCACCAGUAUACAGCCAGACCACUGAAAGUGACAUACCUUUGCCACCAGUAUACAGCCAGACCACUGAAAGUGACAAACCUUUGCCACCAUUAUACAGCCAGACCACUGAAAGUGACAAACCUUUGCCACCACUAUACAGCCAGACAACUGAAAGUGACGAACCUUUGCCACCAGUAUACAGCCAGACCACUGAAAGUGACAAACCUUUGAGCCAGACCACUGAAAGUGACAAACCUUUGCCACCAGUAUACAGCCAGACCACUGAAAGUGACAUACCUUUGCCACCAGUAUACAGCCAGACCACUGAAAGUGACAAACCUUUGCCACCAGUAUACAGCCAGACCACUGAAAGUGACAAACCUUUGCCACCAGUAUACAGCCAGACCACUGAAAGUGACAAACCUUUGCCACCAGUACACAGCCAGACCACUGAAAGUGACAAACCUUUGCCUCCAGUAAACAGCCAGACCACUGAAAGUGACAAACCUUUGCCACCAGUAAACAGCCAGACCACUGAAAUUGACAGACCUUUGCCACCAGUAUACAGCCAGACCACUGAAAGUGACAAACCUUUGCCACCAGUAAACAGCCAGACCACUGAAAGUGACAAACUUUUUUUGCAACCAGUAUACAGCCAGACCACUGAAAGUGACAAACCUUUGCCACCAGUAAACAGCCAGACCACUGAAAGUGACAAACCUUUGCCACCAGUAAACAGCCAGACCACUGAAAGUGACAAACCAUUGCCACCAGUAUACAGUCAGAACACUGAAAGUGACAAACCUUUGCCACCAGUAAACAGCCAGACCACUGAAAGUGACAAACCUUUGCCACCAGUAAACAGCCAGACCACUGAAAGCGACAAACCUUUGCCACCAGUAUACAGUCAGACCACUGAAAGUGACAAACUUUUGCCACCAGUAUACAGCCAGACCACUGAAAGUGACAAACCUUUGCCACCAGUAAACAGCCAGACCACUGAAAGUGACAAACCUUUGCCACCAGUAAACAGCCAGACCACUGAAAGUGACAAACCAUUGCCACCAGUAUACAGCCAGACAACUGAAAGUGACAAACUUUUUUUGCAACCAGUAUACAGCCAGACCACUGAAAGUGACAAACCUUUGCCACCAGUAAACAGCCAGACCACUGAAAGUGACAAACCUUUGCCACCAGUAUACAGCCAGACCACUGAAAGUGACAAACCUUUGCCACCACUACCAGGCUCUAUACUACUCAAAGUAGUUGCAGAACACAGAUAUUUGGCUAAGAGCUCAAAUUACUUAUUUCAUAUGCCUAAGUGCAACUCACCUUGCGGAGAUAUUAUAGUAAGACAGCACACUGGACUACUAGUGUUUGGUAGUUAA